AUGCUGAAGAACUACAGUCAUCCUGCUUGGACCAUCUUCACCGUGCCCGCCGAUCCCCCGACGGUACCGACUUUACCGUUCCGGUGCACGCUUUCCCCCAGCAUCGGCAACCUCGAAGAAGCUCACAUCAGCGAACUCAAUCUCGAGCCUACUUCUACCCAAAAGCGUCGGAGAUCAGAACUGCCGAUCGAGAUCGUUCGCCAGAUCCUCGAGGAGGCCGUCAACGCGGCGAGAAGCGAACUUUUCAUUUGCGAUGGCGUGUUCCUGCCCAUCACCACGCAGUGCUCUGUCAGUUUGAUCACCUUCUAGGUUUACAUGACAUCUGGCACUGACCCGGAUCGACUUCUCAGACAUGCGCCUACAGAUUGCUCGCCGGCGUGUGCAGUCAAUGGCGCGAGGUCGUGCGAGAAAUCUUCCACCGCUCCAUCAUCAUCGGCGAGCGGACCUGCCAAGACGCUGGUGAGCCCCGGGCACUCCACAGGGACUAAUUAGAUGUCAGUAACUGACCAAGGAUCACUAUCCCGCAGAAAUCAUCGAAACCCUCGGUAAAACUGUCCAGGCCGCCGCUCAUGUGCGAUCGAUCGAUGCAAGCUGUCGCACCAAGAAUCACUCGCUCCCCGAACUCAUGCCUACCGCCCCGGCAACCAUCGUCGAAAAGUACGAGUUGGAACGUGCCGCUGAUGUCGCCCUGUAAGUGUCGCAGCCUGUCCCUCCGAUCGAGCGCUGCUGGUGCUCACGAUUCAACCGUACAUUCUGUUAUGGUCGAAAGUAGGGGUCAGCAACUCGUCAAGAGCAUCAUCCCUCUCUGCCCACUGCUCACCACCUUCGAUGCCGACUUUGGCCACCAUCCUGAGCUUCUAAAGCCCGGUCUUCUUCCUCCUUCCAUUACGACCCUCACCUUGCGCAAUGUCUCGGCCGUUGAGACGUUUAUCUUGCUGGCCGACCUCCCAAGGGUUAGGGACCUGACGUUGAGGAUCGCUCCGUAAGUCACAUUCAGGCGGUUUGGAAACGCAUUGGUUUGUGCUGACUGCAUAGCUUAUGCCAACAGAGACUGGCUGAUUCACGAGGAGAUCGAGCCUUGCAUUCUCGAGCGAUACAAAGUGCAGCUCACACGCUUCGAGCUUUCCGCGACUGCCUGGGGUGAAACCUCGGUUGCAGAUCUCCAACUACUGCUGGAACACUCGGCUACGACGUUGAAGUCUCUCGCGAUCCGCAACAAGUCGUCCUUCACGUCGCACAAGUUCGCCCCGGUCGCUCAAGGUCUGGUCAAGAUCUACGCGCCUCAACUCGAGGAGCUGAGCGUCAGGGAUCUGCCAAGAGGCGGUAUGAGAUGCAAAGGUCAGUCAGAAGUUCGUUUUAGAAAUUGUAAGUGUCUCCUCAGCCGCUGACGACUGUAUCUGCGACCCCCUCCACACAGAGCAUAAGGAGGUCUCCUACUUCCCCUCACCCCCUGUCCCUUUGCCUCGCCUUCGACAUCUGCACUUAACCGGCAUACCUUCCUCACCCACCUUCUUCGCCUCUCUUAAAAGCCCCAACCUAUCCCGUCUAGUAGUAGAAGAAUUCGAUGAUCCUUCCGGACUGGCCUUGCUCACGACGCUGAAGAGUCACUUGAUGCCCAAGCUCAACUCGCUGCGCGUGUGUGGAAUCACGGAGAAGACGGCCAAGGUCGACCUUCUCGAAUGGUGCGCCGCGAAUGGGGUGACUUUGGCGGCCGGUUGGCGUUUGGUAGAGAUCCAAAGGGCUUGGUGGUUUUGA